UUCAAUUCCAUUCGUCUAAAUAAAUUAGAAACGCAAAAAUAGUUUUAUGUUGGUACGGCUGCCCCUCCACCUUGCCCACCAACGGUUUGUUUUGGCGCUUUGGAGGUUAUGAUGCCCCAUUGUCGGAUUUCAAAUUGUGUUUAAAAUGUACGUUGAGAAUUUAAAAUUGGAUUUUUACGAAUUUCUCACAGGCAAACGCAUUUUGUUAAUGGUCCACUACGACAUCGACAGCAUUUGUGCGUGUAAAAUCCUCCAAAACCUCCUAAAGUACAAGGAGAUUCUCUACACCCUUGCCGUAAUCCGAGGCGUCGAGGACCUGAAGCGCUCGUAUCGUGAAAACAGCAACGACGUUAAAUAUUUCGUCUUGAUUAAUUGUGGGGGCACUGUGAACCUAGUCGACUUGUUCGAGCCGGAAGAAGACGCGAUUUUUUUCAUCAUCGACUCGCACAGGCCCACACAUUUGGAUAACAUUUACAGUGACGGGCAGGUCCGGUUGUUGUGGACCUCAGAGGAGGACUUAGAAGUGCCCGACUUUCACGCAGUUUAUCGUGACGAUAGCGAUGAAGAAAGCGACGAAGAACCCGAAAGUGGGGACGAAGAUGAGGGAAGAGCUGCCAAAAAACGGAGAUUGAACGAAGAAGCGAUUCUAAAACGACGCGAACGCAGGCUUUGGGAAGCGAAACGUUUCGAUAUCAUUGCGGAAUACUCGCAAUACACGUACUACAACAAGGCUAGCGCGAUCGCGAUGUUUAAACUCGCGUGGUUUUUGAAUAAGGACGAUAAGGACUUGCUUUGGUUGGCAAUCGUGGCGCUGACAGAACAGUACAUUUUAGGCAAAAUUGAAAAUUCGCAAUAUGUUCUUGCAGUUGGGGAAUUACAGUCGCAUUCAAACCGAUUAAGGAACAGAUCGAAUGAUACCGACGGUUUAACUUCACUUAGAAUCACAUAUGAGAACGAUUUGAAAUUAGUUCUGUACAGACAUUGGUCGGUUGAGUCUAGUCUUAAGUAUUCAAUGUUUACGGCGUGCAAAUUGAAGUUGUGGUCGCAUAGAGGGAGCAAGAAAUUGUACGAGUUGCUGGCCGAUAUGGGGUUGCCCUUAUCGCAGAGCCAGCAGGCGUUCGAAUCAAUGGAUCUCCAACUACGUAAAGAAUUCCACCAAAGUAUUGAAAAAUUAUCGGAAAAAUACAACUUAGAAGAUUUAGUUUUUACCUCAUUUGUGUUACAAUAUGGCUACCGGAAUAAAUAUUGUGCGUCUGACAUUGUGUACGCCAUGUUUGCAAUUUUGGAGUCAUCGCCGAAGGAAACGCCAGAAGAGUGUUUUAAUUCGGCACUUGAUUGCCUCACUCGUAAUAAAAAAGACGUAGUACAAAAAGCAAUAGAACGUGCAAAGAUAAUCACAAAGACGAUUUUUAAGACUGUACAAGCGGCCAUUGAUAUGAAACAAAUUAUCACAGCCGGGAAUUUUGUUUAUUACAUCAUACAAGAAGGUUGUUUAGACUGGUAUAUGUUUUCAAACCAAUAUAUUUUGUUAUUGUUGGCACAAUUUAUAUUACGGGCUUAUGUGUCAAUGUCACGGAAUCGUAAAGCCCCUGACUUGCCUUUAAUUAUUUCAGCACCAAAAAAUCUAGAUUUAGGGACGUGUGUUAUUUUGGGGAUUCCACCGCUGAGGCAAAAUUCACCCAAAAAUAAUUUAGGCCGGGCCUUUGAGGAAGCAGCUGAAAAUAUAAAUUAUGAAGUCUUGUCGGAUUAUUUUGACACUUCUUAUUUUGAGAUUAAUAUCAAGGACAGGACGAGGUUUUUUGACGCAUUGACUGCACUUUUCGACAAAUAAAAUAGUGUAAAUAAUUUUUUUUAUUUAUUUUUCAAUUGUAUAUAAUUGUGUGAAUUGACACUAUUUUAUAGGUAAUUAAAUGCUACAAAACAACAAA